AUGAAUUCACUACGGGAGGCCUACACGCUGGCUCACACAGCACAAUGUCGACUGAACAUCGAAGCGGGACGCAAGGACAGGAAUAUGCGGUUUCUGGUCGGACACCUGAUGCACUACGAAUCACUCCGACUACGCAUUGUUGAGAUCGAGCACGACAUCUCCAAGAGUGCACGAGCAAGUGCAGUUCAGUUCAAGGGCACUGGCCAUGUCGACCACCGAUUACAACACAAGCCGUCAACAGGUCAACUGGGGCGAAAGUCACCUCCGCCUCCACCGCCCGAAUACGACGAUGAUGAUGAAGACGAUCUCGACGACUUCCUAGACGACGAGGACGAAGAAGGUCUGUCGCUCGAACGCUUCCCAUCUGGCACAGGACGGCAAUCACAACCUCCGCCUCCCGAGCUGGAACCGGACAACCCGGACGAAGAUGACGAUGAUGACUUUGACGAACCCGUAUCACCAGACGAAGAGACUCUCGCGGAAUGUGUCAAGGGCGAUGGCAACGAACUCAUGGCGACGAUGUACGAGGGCGUGCGGAAAUGCGUAUGUCACGGCAAAACCGACGCGCCUUCGUUCUCGCGAAUGUGGGAACUCCCUCCCGACAAGAACAACACCAAACCAGGCAUCACGAGAGCAGUCGCCCAAUCGCAGCAUGAGCCUGAGGGCGACAGCGAGCCUGCAGAAGCGACAUCGAGUGGGUGGUAUGCGAUGCAUGCCAAGGAGGAGUAA